GGUUCAAAUACUGAAAAACAGCCUGUUCAUCAUUUUUCACUCAUCGGUGCGUGCUCUGUCCUCCCGCAGAAAGUUGUCUGGUCUGGACUGUGCUGAGACGCUGACCUGAACCACGUUGCACAACGGACCCAGGAUAUCCACGGUUAGCCGCCCAGGAGGGGUCCUUCUGGUGCAGAGGUGCUGCCAAGGGCUUCCCUUGCCACCACGCAGGAGGGGGCUGGGGAGAGGCCGGAGCUGCACGGGGCGCCCCUGGGACACCCACUUUUCCCCAUGGAUCUGUAUGACUCCAGAGACAGGCUGCAGACCUACCCAGCAGAAAUCAGUCGAAUGAGAGGAGAAGUCGUCCCAGCUGAGAUGACCAGUGAGCUGAGAGGGGCAGCGAAAGGUAAGCCUGAAAGAGACUUUGAAGAGGAAGUGGAUGAACUCGUCCAUUUAUAUGGACUUGAAGAUGACGAUGAACUAGCGGACGAGUUCGUCAAUGAGAACACACCCAGGAUAGAGGUUUCGGAAUAUUCUUCCCACGUGGCGGCAAGGGGAGAACCAGCCGUGCAGCAGAGAGACUGGAGACUCAGUGCCGAGGCAGCGGAGGCUGAGGGCCUGGGCUUUGGUGGGUGGGGCUCGGAGGGCCAGUGCCAGGACCUGCGGGAGGCCUACCGGUACACGCACGGCCGCGCCAGCGAGGAGUACGAGUGCUACGUCAUCCCAGAGGAGGAGGACGAGGAGGAGGCCGCCGAGGUCUUCUGUGCCACUUGCAAAACUCCACUGAGAGAGGUGGACAAGGACCUGGAUGAACACAGAGCACACGAGCUGACCCCGCUCAGCAAAGCGCUGGAAAGCGCCAAGGAUGAAAUUCACAGGAACAUGUACAGGUUGGAAAAGCAGAUCAUCGAGAUGGAAAACUUCGCCAGCCACUUAGAGGAGGUUUUCAUCACUGUGGAGGAGAAUUUUGGAAGACAGGAACAAAACUUCGAGUCCCAUUACAACGAGAUCUUGGAAACACUCGCUCAAAAAUACGAAGAGAAAGUGCAGGCUCUGGGGGAGAGGAAGAAGGAGAAGCUGGAAGCCUUGUAUGAGCAGCUGGUCAGCUGCGGCGAAAACCUGGACACCUGCAAAGAGCUGAUGGAGACGGUGGAGGAGAUCUGCCACGAAGAAAAGGUGGACUUCCUGAAGGACGCCACGGCCAUGGCUGACAGACUCAGAGAAUUCCUGGAAACGGAGACAGACGUGGACAUCUCCACGCAGCCUGCCGUGGAGGACCAGACCUUGGACUUCUCCGACGUGGAGCAGCUGCUGGGCUCCAUCAACGCCAUCCCAGCUCCAUCUGCCCCAGUGAUUAACCCGCAGGCCCCCAACUCCGCCUCGGGUUCCUCGGUCCGCGUGUGUUGGAGCCUGUGCUCCGAUGACACGGUGGAGAGCUACCAGCUGUCCUGCCGGCCGGUGCGGGACGGCCCCGCAGGGAAGGACCCAGCAGAGUUUACAAUGACCGUCAAAGAAACAUACUGCUCAGUGAGGAAUCUCGUGCCAAAUACCCAGUAUGAAUUUUGGGUCACAGCUCAGAACAGGGCCGGCGUCAGCCCCGCCAGUGAGCAUGUGGUGUACAUGACAGCGCCUUCUCCCCCCGUCAUAAAGAGCAGAGAGGUGCGGAGCUGCGAGGAGGCCGCGCUGAUCUGCUGGGAGUCUGGGAACCUGGACCCGGUGGACUCGUACACGGUGGAGCUGACCCAGGCAGAGACGCCGGGAGCCUCAGGCGUGACUGAGUCUGUCGUGGGCGUCCCCACCUGCGCGUCGCUGGUGCAGCUGCAGCCCCGGCAGAGCUACACGGUCUACGUGCGCGCCCUCAACAUGGGGGGCCCCAGCGCCCGAAGUGAGCCCGCCACGGUCCACACCACAGGCAGCUGCUUCCGCCUGAACGAGCGCACCUGCCAUCCCUGGCUGACCGUUUCUGAGGACGGGCUGACCGUGGUGCGCAGCGAAAGGACAGCCCCCGUGAGGAAGCCUCCCCCCGGCAGCACCCGCUUUACCAGGUGUGUCGCUGCCAUGGGGGACCUCGUUCCAGUCCGAGGGCGCCACUACUGGGAGGUGGAGGUGGACGAGCAUUCGGACUACACGGUGGGCGUGGCCUUCGACGACGUCCCUAAACAGGAGGACCUGGGGGCCAACUGCCGGUCCUGGUGCAUGCGGCACGCGUGGGCGCCACCAAGGCAUAAGUAUGAGUUCCUACACAACAAGAAGACUCCAGAUAUAAGAAUAACAGUUGCCCCAAAGAAGAUUGGCAUUCUGUUAGACUACGAAAAUUCAAAAUUGUCCUUUUUCAACGUGGACAUUUCUCAGCACCUGUACACAUUUACCUGCCAGCUCCACCACUUCGUGCACCCCUGCUUUUCUCUGGAAAAGCCGGGGUGUCUGAAGAUACACAAUGGCAUCGCAAUGCCAAAGCACGUCACUUUCUACUAGACGAGACCUUGCCCAGCUCCCUGUCUGCUGACUUGCCCCCAUCAGCCACUCAUGCCUGCACACUCCAGUA